UAAAAGAUGUCUAAGGACAAGAGCCUGGUGCAUUAUGGGGAUCUUUUGGCAGCGGUCAUCGCGUCGCACGGCAGUGGUUGCUCAAUUCUGGACUGGAGCAUCAACCUCGGCACCGAGACGGUGCAGGGCUUCGCCUCACUGAUGCUCAGGGCCAAGAUCAAGGUAAAAACCGCUCUUGGCGAGGUCACCGAGGUCAACCUAAUGGUGAAGCGCCCUCCUGCCCUCGAAGUGCACGCUGCCAUGAUCAACAGCAUGGGAAACAUCAUUCAGCGAGAGGGAGCUUAUUUCAACAUUGCAGUGCCGAAACUGCAGGAAAAAUGUCCUCAGCUGCCGAUCGUACGCACGCUGGUGGCGCACGAAAAUGCAAUCAUCAUGGAGGACCUGUGCGAGCGGGGCUUCCAGACGCUGUGCAAGACGAUGCAGGACAUGGGCAGAGGCAACAAACUCACCUUCCCGAUCGCGAGGAUGUGCGUGCGGAAGCUGGCCAAAAUCCACGCCGCCUCGCUCGGGGUCAACUGGGAUGAGGUCAUCCCUCCGCUCGACAUGGCCAGCUCCGAGAUUUUCAAAAUGCUAAUUGGCCGCGGCAUCCAGACGAUCAUUCCCAUGAUGAAGAAGCUCUUUCCCGAACAUCGCUCGCUGGAAAAAUACGCCGAGUUCAUGGCCAAACCAAAGCUUCUUGAUGAUUUCAUCGAGUACAUGGCGUACGACGAGUCUCGCCCGCCGAAUGUUCUUCUUCAUGGCGAUUGUCACAUUAACAAUAUGAUGUUCAAGCUGGACAAAAAGGGAAAUGCAGUCGAUAUGUGUUUCAUCGAUUUUCAGAUCUUUCGUUAUGGCCCGGCUUGCAACGAUCUAAUCUACUUGAUGUACACCAGCGCCAACCAGGCCUUCAGAGACAAACACGAAAAAGACGUCGUCCGAGCGUACGUUGAAGCUUUCAAUGCUGCAGCGUGCAUCACGCCAGAUUUGCUCGACUUUGACCAAUUUUGGCGCAUUUACGAGAGGACUCGUUACUUUGGCGUGGUCAUGGCCAUGGGCAUACGUCCUCUUCAGUUUAUAACUGAGUUCCAACCGGCCACCGAUAAGGGAGAACUCACUGAAGAGGCAUUUGCCGCCAUGAAUCAAUUCGAUGGUGCAAUGGUACAGCCGGCAAUGCUUGCUCUUGAAAAUGAUCCAGAAUUCAGGGAGGAGUUUCGAACCUUGAUUGCGCAUGCCAUGGACGUGCUGCGUGAUUUUGUAUUCCAGAAAUGAAUAAAAAUAUGCAAAUAUGCUUUUGGUAUUUAACUUAAGAUGGGAAGUUAACUUUUUAGUCCAUGUAUUAUGCCACAA